AUGGCAACUUCGAGACUUUUCCUUGGGAGCCUCCCAGAGGAGCUUCUCAUGCAAAUUAUCGACUACAGCACCCUGGAUGAGUACGAUUACAUCCCUCGUGGCGACCUAUACCGGAUCAGGCGCGUAUACACUGACCUCACUUCACUGUCUCUUGUAUGCCACCGUUUUCACCGGCUGGCAACGCCUUUCCUAUUCGAGAGGAUCAGCUUGCACGAUGGAUAUCCGCAUUCUUCGGAUAACAAGGAAUACAGCAUUGUACCUCCAUGUCCCCGGGCGCUAGCCUUGCAUCGGCUACUGCGAGAUAAUCCACCCCUGCGAUCAAUGUGCCUUGAUUUUGAAAUGAUUUUCGACGAUGAGGCGGAAACCACAGAUGAAGACUUUCGGGUCGCCAAUGACCUUGUAUCAUGGCUGGGACGUACUCAAUCUCUUCGGCUCUAUGGUGGAUUCCCUUACGAUGGAUCGGACACGGGGUACCGAGCAAAAACCCUGGCAUUGAUCUCCAAUGCGAACCGGAGCAUGAUCAACCUAAAAGAGUUCUUGCUUGACAUGGGAAACGAUACCAACGAGGGAUUGUCUCUUGCAGAAGCGAUGGAAUACAUCAACUUCCCCUCACUAGAGAUUCUAUCCAUGACCGGUAAUGGACACUCCAACGAUUGGCAUCCAAUGCCCAGUUCAAACUCAAAGGAACCUCGCACGGCGCCAUUCACCUCGUUGACAUUGACCUAUUGCAAAGAUAGCGUCGAGGCAAUCGAGAAAUGUAUCUCCUGGCCCAAAGAUCUUGUCGAUUUUACCAUCAACACCUCAGGGAAUGAGGAGGUCGCCCAUCUGAGCCUAAUGGACGCACAAAACUGGCUAUUAAACCACAAAGAAACUCUGAAAUAUGCCUACAUUGAUCUCCUUGGACAUAACCAAGGGAUUCAGGAAUUUGAUGCCUCCAUUUUCCCCCGACUGGAAAGUCUCACGCUUUCUCGCACCCAGCUCAAUGAUGAUGUUGGCGACGGCGUACAAAACAAUCUCUGCUGGGAAUCUUCUCACCCUGGCCGCCUAUUACCACCAAACCUCAAGACCUUCGGGAUGUCGUUCGGAAUCCUGGGAUGCUGUCUGAUCAAUAACUUUGGCGACAAGGAGGUGAGCUGGCUUCGACAACUUGGUCAGGCUGCCGCGAGUCGACACUCCUCGUUGGAGACAAUUGACAUUCUGUUCCAACCGUGGAGUGAGUAUCCGCACAAAUACGGCAACUAUCCAGACGAUCAUGGGUAUCCAUGGGAUCGAAUGCGUGGGCUGCGUGAUGAGUUGGCCGAAUACGGAAUCUCCCUGAUCUAUACCCCCGCUCCCUGGACAAAGGAAGAAUGGGAGGCGAGGAUUGCCAGGUGGCUAAAACGAAGUGCAAGGGCUCCUUUCGAUCACCAAAGUGGUCACCAGCAGGGUUACUACUAG